GAUGGCGUCGGACUCCAGCUUUACUUCCCGCAUCUCGCUCAGCAGCGCCAGCGCCCGCCGCCACUGCUGGCCCGUCUCGCACGCGCUGAUCCCCACGCUGUAGCUAGAUGGCGUUGGGCUCCAGCUGCGCCUCCCAGAUCUCGCUCAGCAGCACAAGCGCCCGCUGCCACUGCUCGCCCUUCCCGCACGCGCUGAUCCCCGCGCUGAAACUGAUGACGUUGGGCUCCAGCUUCGCCUCCCACAUUUUGCUCAGCAACGCCAGGGCCCGCUGCCACUGCUCACCCUUCGCGCACGCGCUGAUCCCGGCAUUGAAGCUGAGACAUGACGGUGGGCUCCAGCUUCGCCUCCCGCAUCUCGCUCAGAAGCGCCAACGCCCGCUGCCACUGCUCGCCCUUCUUGCACGCGCUGAUCCCGGCGCUGUAGCUAGAUGGCGCUGGGCUCCAGCUUCGCCUCCCACAUCUCGCUCAGCAGCGCCAGGGCCCGCUGCCACUGCUCGCCCUUCGUGCACGCGCUGAUCCCAGCAUUGUAGCUAGAUGACGUCGGGCUCCAGCUUCGCCUCCCGCAUCUCGCUCAGUAGCGCCAGGGCCCGCUGCCACUGCUCGCUCUUCUCGCACGCGCUGAUCCCAGCGCUGUAGCUAUGACGGUGGGCUUCAGCUUCUUCUUCCACAUCUCGCUCAGCAGCGCCAGGGCCCGCUGCCACUGCUCGCUCUUCUCGCACGCACUGAUCCCCGCAUUAUAGCUUUGAUGGCAUCGGUCUCCAGCUUCACCUCACGCAUCUCGCUAAGCAGCGCCAGAGCCCGCUGCCACUGCUCGCCCUUCUCACACGCGCUGAUCACAGCGUUGUAGCUAUGAUGACGUUGGGCUCCAGCGUUGCCUCACCCGUCUCGCUAAGAAGCGUCAACGCCCGCUGCCACUGCUCGCCCUUCUCGCAAGCGCUGAUCCCAGCGCUGUAGCUAUGGCGUCGGGCUCCAGCUGAGCCUUCCGCAUCUCGCUCAGCAGCGCCAAGGCCCGCUGCCACUGCUCGCCCUUCUCGCACGCGCUGAUCCCAACAUUGUAGCUUACGGAUGACGUCGGGCUCCAGUUUCACGUCCCACAUCUCGCUCAGUACUGAAAGCGCGUGUUGCCAUUGGCAGCCUUUUCUGCAUGCGCUGGCAGUCGCAACGUAGUGGCUUGGGACGAGUUGCGCACCUAAUCGAAUUCCUUCGCGGAGCAGCCGCAGUGCUGCGCUCCAUUGUUUUGUCCGACAAUAGGUCUUGAUCGACGCUUCGAGGGAAAUAGCGCCUUCUCGAGACCCUCGACCGAUGUCCAGCAUCCGGA